CCUUUUGUCGAGUUCCAGCGGCGGGCCAACCAGCUGAAUACUUAUUUCUUCUCGGUUUUUGUCUUUGUAUUGAAAGAUCUCCUUCUUCAGUUUUAGCCGGCUAAGGUUGCUUUCUUGUUCUGUCCGUAUUAUAACUGUACAUAGGAAAACAUGAUUCCAUUCACACAAUCAUAUCAUAAGAGAUAUUUAUUGAAUCAAUUAUACUGCUCCUACCCUCCAUAGAAUUUGGAUUGAAAAGAGAAAUGGGAACCAUCCUUCCAAAUUCAGUGGAUACAUCAGCUGAGGAGAAACAAGAAGAGUCCAACCGUCCAAAACAACUUGAUGCUGGAGCACUUUUUGUGCUUAAAUCCAGAGGGUCAUGGUUGCACUGUGGAUAUCAUUUGACAACAUCCAUCGUAGCUCCAGCUCUUCUGAGUCUUCCCUUGGCACUGUCAUUGAUGGGCUGGUUUCCCGGUGUCCUGUGUCUCAGUCUGUUAGCUCUUAUAACAUUCUACUCUUAUAACCUCUUGUCACUGGUUUUGGAGCACCAUGCACAGCUAGGACAGCGCCAGCUUCGCUUUCGCGACAUGGCAACACAUAUUCUAGGGCCUGGAUGGGGCAGAUAUUUCGUAGGCCCAAUUCAGUUUGGUGUCUGCUAUGGCGCGGUUAUUGCUUGUAUUCUUCUUGGGGGACAAAGUCUCAAGAGUAUUUACUUGCUGUCUACUUCAAGCAGAACAAUGCAGCUCUACCAAUUUGUUGUAAUUUUCGGAAUCCUGAUGCUAAUUUUGGGACAAAUUCCAUCCUUCCACAAUCUGAGGCAUAUCAAUCUGGUUUCUCUGAUCCUUUCUCUAUCUUAUAGUGCAUGUGCCACAGCUGGUUCCAUAUACAUAGGAAAUUCUAAAAACAGGUCUGCAAAGGACUAUGCUAUUAAGGGAAGUGCACAGAAUCAAGUCUUUGGCGCCUUUAAUGCCAUUUUGAUCAUUGCUACCACAUAUGGGAAUGGAAUUAUUCCUGAGAUACAGGCAACUUUAGCGCCACCAGUGAAGGGGAAAAUGCUCAAGGGAUUAUGUGUGUGUUAUGCUAUUGUAAUCUCCACCUUUUUCAGUGUUGCGAUUUCUGGAUAUUGGGCAUUUGGGAAUAAUCAGGCCCCCGGAAUAGUUCUUCAGAAUUUUAUAGUGAAUGAUGAGCCUUUGUUGCCCAGAUGGGUUCUCUUGAUGACCAAUGCUUUUACAGUUCUCCAAGUGGCUGCUGUUUCAGUGGUUUACUUGCAGCCAACAAAUGAAGCCUUUGAAAAGAAAUUUGUAGAUGCAAAGAUUGAACAAUUCGCCAUUAGCAAUGUAGUACCGAGGUUGUUUUUUCGAUCAUUAUCUGUGGUCAUCGCCACAACUGUUGCCGCAAUGUUUCCCUUUUUUGGAGACUUCAAUGCAGUGCUUGGAGCAUUUGGAUUCAUACCUCUGGACUUUGUUCUGCCAAUGGUCUUCUAUAAUGUCACUUUUAAGCCUUCCAAGCGGACACUAAUUUUCUGGGGAAACACAUCUAUUGCUAUCAUCUUUUCGUUGGUGGCAGUGGUGGGAAUAAUAUCCUCUAUUCGGCAGACGAUCCUUGAUGCCAACACCUAUAGCUUCUUUGCCAACAUGUAACCAUAACCUGUAUUUACUUUGAUCUGGAAUGACUACGUUAGAAAAGUUUAGAAGUAUGAAAUUUAUGAGCAACGCAAAAGGAAUGUGGAGCAAUUUAUAAAAUUCUGUAGCUUCCUUGUUAAAUGCAGUAAUUGGGUCAUUAUCGGUA